UAUUUUAUAUUACGAGGUACACCGCACUGCCUUAGUUACAAACGUGAACUCUGGUGUACAUAGUCAGCAGUUGUACGUCAAGAGCAAGAUUUGAAAAUGCAAGAUCUGUUGCUUGACCCAGUACUUCGAACAUGGGUUUUGAUUCCCAUUUUUGUUAUUAUGAUCCUUAUUGGUCUUUUAAGACAUAAUCUUACAAUUCUUUUACGAUCAAAACCAAAGGCUUUAGACGCUAAAACUCUUCGUGAACAACGUAUCAUCCUACGUGCCGCUAAUUUGCGAGGCAAUGCAAACAAUUUGUUGCCUGAUGCACUCGAGCAACGGAAGGCUUUCUUCAACAAUGUUCUCCGUUCUGAUGAGUACUUGAAAGACCCUGCUUCUGCCGGAAAGCCGGUGAACUUCUUAACCGAUGAAUCUGCUCUGGAGGGGAUUGUUGAGUCUAUGAAGGGCAAUAUGAUGAUGAUUGUUCCACAGACAAUUAUCAUGACUUGGAUUAGCGAGUUUUUUGCUGGCUUCAUUUUAUUAAAACUUCCAUUCCCCCUCACUAUUCGUUUUAAGUCGAUAUUUCAAUCUGGCGUUGCUACCACUGAUCUUCCUGUCCAGUGGGUUUCUUCAAUUUCGUGGUAUUUCAUUAAUUUGUUUGGCCUUAAAUCUGUUUAUUCACUUCUCCUCGGCAGCGAUAACGCGGCUUCUGAACCGGCCAAUCCGGCAGUAGGUCAAAUACUUCAACCUGGUCAAGAUCCUAAAAAAAUGAUGCUUUCGGAACUGGAGAGCAUUCACAUCAUUGAUCACAAGUGUCUUCUCGACUCGGUAGAAAGUCGCAUACUUGAACGAUACAACGCCUGAGUGUCGUAACGAAGUUGUGUUUCCUGAGCUUACAGAGGGUUAAGAACACAACAUGUUUUCUCGAAAACAAGAAACACGAAAAUGCGCUGACGUUAUGUGUUGUUCAUGUAUGUUGAAUUUUAAUGCUCACAGAUACAAUUGAUAAUUUCUGGACAGGCCAGUAUACCAAUUUACUCCACUACAUUGGAAGCAUUUCGAAAGUAAAAGCGGGAGAUACUAUUUACGUUACAACAUAAUGCCGUUAACUAAAAAACCGGUUUUCACUUGUUAAAUAGCCAGCUUUUGUACUGUGCUGUUCAUAUCGCCAAAAGCUGUAUACAUUACCACUUCCUCGCUCGGCAUUCAGCGGUAAAUGUUUCUUCCGCAUCCUAGUUCACUUGAUAUAGGGGUUUUACGGAAUUAAUUUAAGUCAUUAUGUUUAUUGCAAAAGACAAAUCUUAUGUUGAAGUUGUUUACUGUGUAAAUUAAACUUUGAUUAAGGAUUAUCUUUAUUCAAGGUACGACUUGGAGACACCAACUGGAAAGCUUAAAGAAGCUAAGCUGUUUAAACCACUCCAAGGUUGCCUCUGUAUGUGUUAGAUAUAAGAUUAACUUCCUCUUGAGAUUAAUUCAAAGUAACCAGGCUA